CUCCCAAGUGCUGGGAUUAAAGGCGUGCGCCACCAUGCCCGGCUUGCUAAGAAUAUUUACAACUGCCUUCUAUAUUUCAGGAACUGUGCUAGAGUCUAGCACGAGACUGUGAAGUGAGACAUGGCGUACUUUCAGGGAGCUAGAGUUAACAAACCAACAGAAAACUCACACUCCUAUUAAGUACUGACAGUGUGAUCCUUGUCGGUUCACCUGUUCUCUGCAGUGUGUUUGUAACCCUCUGGGGUGAUAGCCCAUCCCUGUACACACAAUGUUCACUGUAUAGGUUUAUCAUCCAUCUCACGGCUAAAUUUUUCAGUUCCCUUGUCAUGUGAUUUUCGUUAUUAUGGCAUGUAAGUCUGGUGAAUAAGAAGAUCCAGCAAAUAGGGGUACCGAUUCCUCUCAGUUCUGUUUGCGUAGGGGUUGGAGAGACAGGCAGCUUCCUCCCAAGUCACUGGUAACUUUGGACCCUGCGUUUCAGCCAUCAACAUCCGCUACUCACCAGGCAUUGGACCUCCUUUUCAUUUCUCUCUGGUCUUGGUGACGGAAGCUGGAAGUGGAAAGCGGCAAAUCACUUGCCAUCAUUGUGGCUUGGAAUCUGUGCCUCCCAGCUCAGUACAAUGGCAACACACAGCUGGGGCUACUCCAAAUGUGUCUAAUCUGAGUGGAGAUGACCUCUAAACCACUGAGGUAUGGUGACAUGCUGUAGUCCCUGGACUUCAGAGGCUGAAGUGGGAGGAUUGUUGAGGCCAGUCUGGUUUAAAGACUAAUCAGUCGAUUUCAGAUGUGGUCCAUGUUCUCGAGAAAUCUGUUACCUAGCUCCGGAAUUCAGAAAGGACAUCAUGACAUCGCCGUGGGGUGAGAUGGGAAGAGAGUGAUGCUUAACAGUGGCAGCUGGAGCACUAAUGCUGGUGGAGGAGGUGACAUCCAAGGCUUGCUGUCAGUGGACACCACCUCACACCUGCCUUUAUGACAGUCCUGCACAGUCCAAAUGUCCUUGCAAAAGUAAGACCCUGGACAAGAGAAGACUGAGACUGACUUCUAAGGUACACAUGCCACAUGCUGUGGAGGAAGAGUUGAGGCCCAGUUAUAGCUAGGCAGUUCUGAGCUCUAAGAAGCAGAUCUUUCCAAGUCCAUUCUGUCUUCCUGAGGAGGAUGUUGGAGCAUUUUUUUCAGGACAGGGCCAUUGUGGGAAAUUCUAACCAAGUGAACGAUCUUGGUUUCUUCCUAGUGAGGUUACAAGGUCUGGCUUGGAAAGUUACUUGGAAGAUGUUUUAGACAGAAGAUUUGGUGUAGUUACAGGUGUUAAAAUUGUGGUCUAAGGGGCCUUUGUCAGUGGAAGAGACGAUUUGGAAGCUAAUUAUUUCAUAGUUAUAAUUCUCUACCUUGUAUUAAUUUAUUCUGCAGUUUACUGUUCUCUGUGGACUUUGCAGAAUCUAUUUUAGAUUGUGCAAUUUCUUGGAGAUUCCAGAGAACCGGCUGCAUUUUGUGAGGUUGGAAUUGAAGUGAGGAGGUGACUGAUUUUAGUAAGAUCAUCUGCCAGGUGUUGUCGCCUUCGUGUUGUGUGAAUCUCAGGCCGUCCUCUCUGAGCUGUCAGCACACAAACGGUGUGUACUCUGGGCCUUGUGCAGACAGACAGACAGCACAUCCCAUUAGUCUGCAGCCCCAGAAGUUUUCAGAGGGUUUCUCAGCUGCUCACAUGCAGUAUUUCAAAGCCCUUAGAGCUGGAUAGAGUCAGAGCUGAGCAGACUAAGACUAGGGAUGUUUGAGUAGUCUCCUGAGUCGCGUGGACAGUGAGUAACUGGGGCCAGAACGAGGUGUGCCUGUCUUCUUGCCCAGCCUUCUGUCCCCGGUGUGACCAGCAGGGCCCCAUGAGCUGGCCCCUCCCCUCUGCAUGCUCAGAUGCCUCCUGGGUUCCCGGUACUCAGGCACCAUGAGGCACUUACUCAGAUGUGUCUGCUGAGUCACAGUUCAACAUCCUUUUCCUUGCUUUCCCUUCUCAUAAAUUGAUUUCUACAUAUUCGUAAGCAGCAGAUGUAGCUUUUUUUUUCUACUAGAACCUAAAGAAUGUUGAGUCUUUCUUAAUUAGUCAUGCAUUUGUUACAUAGGAAGCUUUUAAUUUAAAUUUAAUUUAAUUUAGUUUUUUGUUUUUUUCGAGACAGGGUCUCUCUGUGGAGCCCUUGCUGUCCUGGAACUCACUCUGUAGACCAGGCUAGCCUCAAACUCAGAAGUCCGCCUGCCUCUGCCUCCCGAGUGCUGGGAUUAAAGGUGUGCGCCACCACUGCCUGGCUUAGUUUUAAUUUUGUUUUGAUAUAAAUCAUGGUUGUUACCCAUCAAUCUAAAAUAGAAAGAAGACAAGAGAGAGUCAUCUUUUAACAGAUACUUAUUUUAUUAAUGUGUGUGUGUGUGUUUAAAUUUAGUUACUUGUUCAGUUGGUUUUGAGACAGGGUCUUAUGUAACCUACCUGGUCUACAUAGUGUCUUAGUCAGGGUUUCUAUUCCUGCACAAACAUCAUGACCAAGAAGCAAGUUGGGGAGGAAAGGGUUUAUUCAGCUUACACUUCCAUACUGCUGUUCAUCACCAAGGAAGUCAGGACUGGUACUCAAGCAGGUCAGGAAGCAGGAGCUGAUGCAGAGGCCAUGGAGGGAUGUUCUUUACUGGCUUGCUUCCCCUGGCUUGCUCAGCCUGCUCUCUUAUAGAACCAAGACUACCAGCCCAGAGAUGGCACUGCCCACAAGGGGCCUUUCCCUAUUGAUCACUAAUUGAGAAAAUGCCUUACAGUUGGAUCUCAUGGAGGCAUUUCCUCAACUGAAGCUCCUUUCUCUGUGAUAACCCCAGUUGUGUCAAGUUGACACAAAACUAGCCAGUAUGAUUGACCCCUUGUCAAUUUGACACACAAACACAUCACUAGUAAGCCUCAACCCUUACAUUCUUAUUCAUCCCCAAGAUCUAAACAACUGUAAAAGCCCCACAGUCUUUACAUAUUCUUAAAAUCCAAAGUCUUUUUAAAAUUAAAAGUCUCUUAACUGUGGGCUCCACUAAAAUAUUUUCUUCCUUCAAGAGGGAAAAUAUCAGGGCACAGUCAUAAUCAAAAGCAAAAAUCAAUCUCCAACCGUCCGAUGUCUGGGAUCCAACUCACGAUCUUCUGGGCUCCUCCAAGGGCUUGGGUCACUUCUCCAGCCAUGCCCUUUGUAGCACGCACAUUGUUUUCUAGGCUUCAGCUGCCUGUACUGCACUGCUGCUGCUGUUAUUGGUGAUCAUCUCAUGAUACUGGCAUCUCCAAAAUGCUACUGUCUUCCACUGUAACUUGGCUUCAACAAUAGCCUCUCAUAGGCUCUCUUCAUGGUGCCAAGCCUCAACUCCUUUGCAUGACCCCUUCAGUCCUGGGCCAUCAAUUGCAACUGAGGCUGCACCUUCACCAAUGGCCUUCCCUGACCUCUCACGGUGCCGAGCCUCAGCUGCUUUGCGUGACCCCUUCAUGCCUUCAAAACCAGUACCACCUGGGUAACUCUUACACAUUACUAAGUCCAGCCACAGCCCAAGGUACAACCUUGGCCUCUGUGCUCUCCUAAAACACUUCUCAGAAGAUGUCACCUCAGUGAUGCUGGUCUCUUCUUAAUCACGGCUAAUUUCUUAGCUCCAGCUAACCAGCAUCAAUAGUCCCAGUAAUGCAAAGGCUUCACUCUAGUGGUUCUGGUAUCUUGUUAAUCACAGCUGAUUCUUCAGCCUCAGCUAACCAGAACCACAGAAUCUUCACAAUCAAAACAGCAAUGGCCCUGAAAAGCGUCUUUAAUCUUCCCUUGAAAUUUCACAAGCCAGGCCUCCAUCUUCUGCACUGUUCUCAGCAUUAUCUUCCAAGCUCCUAUACAACAUCCCACAGAGCCCUUUUAACACCAAAUGGAUCCUCUAGCCCAAAGUUCCAAAGUCCUUCCACAGUCCUCCCCAAAACAUGGUCAGGUUGUCACAGGAAUACCCCACUCUGCUGGUACCAAUUUGUCUUAGUCAGGGUUUCUAUUCCUGCACAAACAUCAUGACCAAGAAGCAAGUUGGGGAGGAAAGGGUUUAUUCAGCUUACAAUUCCAUACUGCUGUUCAUCACCAAGGAAGUCAGGACUGGAGCUUAAGCAGGUCAGGAAGCAGGAGCUGAUGCAGAGGCCAUGGAGGGAUGUUCUUUACUGGCUUGCUCAGCCUGUUCUCUUAUAGAACCAAGACUAUCAGCCCAGAGAUGGUCCCAUCCACAAGGGGCCUUUCCCUCUUGAUCACUAAUUGAGAAAAUGCCUUACAGUUGGAUCUCAUGGAGGCAUUUCCUCAACUGAAGCUCCUUUCUCUCUGAUAACUCCAGCUGUGUCAAGUUGACACGAAACUAGCCAGUAUAACAUAGUGAGCCCCUAUACCAAAACUUAGUGCAUAUUUUUGGCACAUAGCUGCUUAGCACUUGAGAGGUGGAUGGUGCGGGAUCAUGCAUUCAGGUCAUCCUUGCUCGAGGCUGGUCUGGGAUAUAUGAGAUCUUGCCUCCAAAAGCCAGAAGAAAAACAAGCACUAAAUAAAACACCCAAACACCCUCAGAGUUCAGCGCUGGAGCUCUAGCUCCGGCAACACCCUGAGUGCUAUCCCUGCCCCCAAGUUAAAAAUGUAAGAGAGGCCUUUCCACAAAAAGUCUCUUUUUCAGGGAGACUCAGGAACAGAUCUAAUGUGGGCCAGGUGUGUGGAGCACAAGACAUAUGAGGAAGUACAGAGGAUUGUGAAAAAUAAGGCUUACCACAGAGGUCCUCCCUGCUGAUCCAACAUGGCUAAAACUUAGCUGUGGUUAGAGCAUGUGAAAUGAGGCUUCUGGGUGCUGCAUGUCUUAUGACCCUGGCCAUAUAUAGCUCUCUGCAGUGCAUGCUCUGUAAGGAGCUACAGGGUGCAAAGGAUUUGUGGAGAAGUUAAUUGUUAUAGCUUUACAUCCAAAUAAAAGAGAAGCAGGGGUUCUGAAAAAUUCUUGUGUAAGUCCAUUUCCAAACCUAUUUUCUCCAGAUGAUAAGAUUCUGGUAAGAAUAAUUUAGUGUUGACCAUGGCAGCACAUGGCAGUACAUACCUGUAUUGAGGAGAGGGAGGCAUAAGGAUCAGAAAAUUCAGAGUCAUCCUUGGCUACAUAGAACAUUUGAGGACAGCCUGGGGUAUAUAAGGUGCUGGUCGUUCCCCCCUGCCCCCCAAGAAAAGAAUGUCUACAAAUGCUCUUCAGAGUUCCAGAUACCUCUGCUUGCAACUGUGUGCUCUGCUCAUAUGAUUUUUAGGAAAUGAGAGACCUGUGAAUGAUUUCAGACGUGAUGGCCUCAAUCCAACAAUAGCUUAGCUUCCAAAGUUCUAAAUAGGACUGGACUAUUGAUGCCUUUACUAAGGUCCAAAUCUGGUGACAACCUGCAGACAUCAGAGUUAAAUUUUAAAAGUUAUGUAAUGCUUGUUGCUAAUGUUUUCCGAUGGUUGAUAACCUUUUUUUUAAUAUAUAUUUAAUGUGUAUGAGUGUUUUGCUCAAAUGUAUGUAUGUGCAUCAUGUGUGUGCCUGGUGCCUUCGGAAGGCAGAGGAGGACAUUGAAUCCCCUGAAGUUGGAAUUGUGAAUGGUUGUGAGCCACCGUGUGGGUCUUUUAUGAGAGCAAGUGCUUAUAACCACAGAGCUGUCUCUUUAGUCAUGUAACUGUUGAUAAUCUUAAAUUAAGUAUGGCUGUCAUUAAUUUUACCCAAACAGAGGAAUCAGCUACAACAUUAUACAUAAGAAAGAAAGACUGUAUUUGAGGUCUCUGAUACUGGACCUCAUAGGAAAAAAAGCAAAAACUAAAAAAACAAACAAAACAUUGAAAGACUAUCUUUUUUAAAAAUUUAUUUUAUUUAUAUAAGUACGCUGUAGCUGUCUUCAGACACACCAGAAGAGGGCAUCAGAUCCCAUUACAGAUGGUUGUAAGCUACCAUGUGGUUGCUGGGAAUUGACCUCAGGAUCUUGGAAGAGCAGUCAGUGCUCUUAACGGUUGAGCCAACUCUCCAGCCCGAAAGUCUUAUCUUAAUGCUUGCAGAGAGAGCUAGUUAUUUUUCUCAGACAGUGCCCCUUAGGACAGUGAGACUACAGGCAUGGGACAACCUCCUAUUGCUUUCUCUUGUUACAACUACAUUUUAUCACAGCUCUUAUCAGGGCUACUGUUUGACUCAUAGGCUGGGGAACCCCUGCAACCUUCUCGCCUCCCCUCUUUCUGUGCUGUCAGCAGGCAGCCACUUCCUCAGAUAACCUUUGAAUAGCAUUUUUUAAAAGGUAAUGUGAAUAGUUUAAAAUUUUCCCAAGAGAGUGAGAUGCUUCAGAGGGUAAAGACACUUGCCACUGAGCCUGAGGACCCAGGUUCGAUCCCAUAUGGUAGAAGUAUAGAACCAGUUCUGACCUCCAGGCACAGUACUCCACCACACCUGCAGGCACACACACAACAUGUUUAUAAUUAAGCAGUGUUUUCCCCGUGUGGAUUGUUUUGCUCCUUAGCAUUAAAGAAGAGCAGUGAGAGCCUGCACCCUACCCACCUAGCUGAGUGCCAGGCUGGGCAGUCAAGUGGCAGCAGGAUGGACAUCCAUCCCAUGGUGUACUUGGCUCCUGCACAGGGGAUGUUUACAGGUGAGCAGGGCAGGGUUCAUGGCAAGGUGUCUGAUAAGAGACUCAGUCACCCACAGAGCAUAUGACUGGGGCCUUGUCCUCAGAGCUAACUUAGAAUCCAAACAUUCUAAGUGGCAAAGGAUUCAAGGUAAUAGAAAACAUUUGGCUCAAUGCAGUAAUCUCUGGUGGUUUGUACAGAUGGUCACACCCAGGUGGGUACCUCUUGACAGAACAGUGUGAGGAUGCUCAUGAGUGAGCCUAACGCUCACCCAGGGCAAGUUAUGGCCUGGCCACUGAUGAAUCACAAGCUUUGGCUUCUUUCCUUCCUUCUCUCACUCGUUCAUUUUCUUCUCUCUCCCUUCCUCUCCUACCACACCUUUCUCUGCUCUCCUUUGUCUGCUCUGAGUUUCUGACUCCCUCUUGCCCUCCAUCCUCUCUCCUCCCCUCUCUUUUCUUCAUGAUGCUGGAAACUGCACUACCAGGCAAGUGGGCUAGCUCUAGCUCUACGCUACAUACUCUACACUCAGUGUGUCUUUAAUUUUUGAAACAAGAUCUCAGUAAGUUGCCUCACUAUAUAGAACAUGGAGGCCUUACACUCAUCAUCCCCCUGCCUCAGUCUCUUGGGCAGCUGUGAUUACAGGUGCACGGCCAUGCACAGCUGUUUUUUCCCUUCCCUGUGUUUGGUUCUCUCUGUCUGUUAAAAGGCCGUAUCACUACUGCCCACUUCCUGUGAUUGAGAGAAACCCAGGGAACAAUGCCUGGCAUGCAAAAUAAGCACUCCAUGAAUCUAGCUAACUAUUAUCUGUGCUGGACAACCGAGUUUGUAAAUGUUGCCAAAUUUCCUGACUGUCAUGCUUGUCUGACGAGUGCAGCUAAUAUCGGGUGUGUUUUGGCACAGAUAGGCAGGGGUAUUAUUUUAUUACACACUGAGUGGGCCUUGUGAGGAUGAGCUGCUGUUGAGUCGCUACCGACUACUUCUGACCACAUUUCUGACCAACCUGGUUCCAGUCUUCAAUCUGGCUCUGAAGCCCUUCGCCUAAAGCACACUACAGCAAAAAGGUCUUCCACUCCCUAACCUUAGUCCGCUUGCUGUAGGCCGGCAUGAGAUCUUCCUUUCUUUCUCCUUUUCUCGUUUCUUUUCUUUCUUGAGUCUCUUGUAGCCCAUGUUGGCCUCAAACUAUAUAACUGAGGAUGGCCUUGAACUCUUUUUUUUUUUGUUUUUUUUUGUUUUUUGAGACAGGGUUUCUCUGUGUAGCCCUGGCUAUCCUGGAACUCACUCUGUAGACCAGGCUGGCCUCGAACUCAGAAAUCUGCCUGCCUCUGCCUCCUGAGUGCUGGGAUUAAAGGCGGGCCUUGAACUCUUGAUCUUCUUGCUUCUACUACCUCUGGGGUGCUGGGAUUACAGGUCUGUGCCAUGAGUGUUAGGUUUUGUUUUUUCUUGAGACAGGGUCUUAUGUAACUCAAGAUACUUGCUGACAUCACACGUAUUUGCUUUGUAGCCCGGGAUGACCUUGAACUGGUUUGGUGUGUGUGCACGUAUUCAGUUGUCUUUGUCAGCUACUUUCUACCUUGUUUUGGGUAGGCCAGCGAGGCCUGGGCGUCUCCCCGUGUAUGUGUCCGCAGUGCUGAGAUUUCAGGCGUGCAUUGCUGUGCCUGGCUUUAUAAGGAUGCUGAGACUGGAGCUUAGGCACUCAUCCUUGCCCAGCAAGCACUUCACUGGCUGAACCAUCUCUACAGCCAUAGCCUUGGCUGUCUGACCUCUCAAGUGCUGAGAUAAUAGAUGUGUGCUACCACACCUGGUGUUCCCUUUUAAAAUUUCAAUACACUGCAUUCUGCAUUAUAAUAUGCAGAAAACUACAUAUUUUACUUAGUUAAUGCUUAGAUCUCCAAUAUUGAGAUCAAGAAACGCGCUUUUAAUACUCUCAAGUCUGCUCAUAGACACCACAUUUUGAAAAAUCACAGCUAUGGCAUCAGUUGUCUGGAGAUGAACGAGAGAAAGACACAGCAAAGGGUUGCAUGUGAUACUGUGGCCUGAGGUUUUGUUUGUUUCUCGUGAUGAUAGGGUGAAUUGGUAGAGAAGGAUUGUUUAAGUGGGUUAUUAGAUGUGGGUACACUGCAGGAGCUGGGCCAGGUUUUAGGUUUUUCUUCUCUUCUCUAACCCAUUCCUCAGUUGUGGCUUUUGAGUUGGGUUUUCAUUCUGUAUAAUGUAUUGUGAACACUGCUUCCCCUUUUGCAGUGUGAGGUUAGAGAGAUACGGAAAUGCACCAGUACUUAGCCCGAAGCUUUCCUGCCUUGAAUUCUCCUUACUCUUCAUCAGGUGUGGAAACUCACAGUCCCCUGGUGUCCAGUCUUAGAGUUCAGGUGGUCCUGCAGCAGUGGACUGAAUGGUUGUGGAGAAGACUCCAUGUAUGACAGGAAACAGUGCUGUGGACGGUCAGAGAUUCUUAUUAAAGGCAGCAGGCACAUUGAGUACCAUUGCUAUCUGAGUGAUGUGCCGUUCAUUGGUAGAAACUUGCUGUUCUGUAGGGCCGCUUCAGUGCCUGGGAUUUGUGAAUGGAAACAGUGCAACAGCAGUUUAAACUCCUGAGAGGCCGGGCCUGUGUUCGGAGUAGCACAUAUAUAGCAUUUGUGAGGUCCUGGUGUCAACCCCAUCACCAAAAACUAUAACCUGUAUCCAUUCCUCUCAGAUAUUGCAGGGCUUCAUUGUACCUCAGUACUCUCUGGCCCUGCCUCCUAACAUUGGGAGUUUGCUGUGCUAUGACCCAGCCAGUGAGGCAGCAGAGGUUGCAGGCAGUGUGCUGAGCUGUGGGGUCUAGUCAGUGACUGCGGAUGAUUUUAGGUACUCUUUCUUUUCUGUAAUGUGUGGGUGAGCUUUGUGAGGAAGAUAGGGAAGGGCCAUGAGUAGGGCUACAAAUAAAACUGGUGGUGGCGCACGCCUUUAAUCCCAGCACUCAGGAGGCAGAGGCAGGCGGAUUUCUGAGUUCAAGGCCAGCCUGGUCUACAGAGUGAGUUCCAGGACAGCCAGGGGUACACAGAGAAACCCUGUCUCGAAAAAACCAAAAAAAAAAAAAAAAAAAAAACCUGGUGAUAAUUGUGGUAUGUGUGGUUUUAGCAUUUGAGUAGAGUACCCAGUGCGAUUACACGCCACGGGGUGAGGACCUGUGUAAGCGGGUUGUUCCAUUUCAGGAGGAAGAUGACUUAAACAGAGCAGUGCUGGGCUCAGGAGACUCAGUAUACCUUUUCUUACCUCUGUCUGCCCUGGGAGCCUUCUCAUCUCUCAGAAGGACGGUUGUGGUGAUACAGUUGUCUUUCAUUUACUGCAGAAAUUUGAAGACGUAUUGAAAUAUGAGACAAUUUGGGGUAGAAAAGAGACUUCAAAGUCAAGUAUGAUAGUGUGUUUUUUGUAUUCUAUUUAUUUCAUCAGAUUUUGAAUUACAGAAUUAAAGAUUAAGGAACAUAGAGAGGAAAUACUGCUUUCACAUUUUUUUGUAAGUUUUGAUGUCUUUUCUCAUAAGAUAUGAUGUGAGUUAUAUUGAUUGGAACGACCACAAGAUCUCGAAGCCUCUGUGGGACCUUUGGGGUAGGGGGAGGUUGCAGUAUCCCAGACAUCAGCCUGCCACAGAGACAUACUGCUUGUUGCAGGUAGAUUUGAAUCAAAGCUUUAAUGCAACUGUGGAACGCUUGCUAAGCCACUCAGAAGUGUCUAUACCAGAGGUAGAAAUCUCUCUGUGGUUCAAAGAAGAGUCCCAAGGCCCACUUUUCAUAUGCCAAGAGUUUAUAAUCUCCUAAACAUCCUACAGGAUACUAUAGAAAAAUAAGCAUGUAGUAGGUAUUAAAGUGUGCUUAAAGUUAUUAUAGAAGAACUCAGAGGACAGAGGCCUGGGUCAUAUGGCAGAGUCCCAGUGGGGACAGACAGUUACUGUGUAAGGGACUGGCUCUCAGGAGCGCGGUUCCUUUAGUUUCUGUUUGAGAGAAUCCCAUCCAGGUACAGUCAGAUCCUUAUCCAGAUGUCAUCUGGGAGCAUGCCUCUUUUUGUCCGUUAUUCUUGUUUUAAUUUAUAUGUGUGUGGAUCUUGGAUAAGGGAUAAAAUAGGUAUAUUUAUGACAUUAUUUGGAAUUACUUUGGAAAUAGCAGUUUUGUGGCUAAACUACUAAGUAUGUGUAUAAUGUUGAAAAAGAAUGUCAUGACAGCUGGCGGUAUAGUACAAUGGUUAGAAUACUUGCCUAGCAUGUAUAAAGCCCUGGGUUCUAUCUUAGUAUACCUCCCCUCUUUAAAAAAAAAAGUGUUUUAUGAUCCUUCCUUACAUACUAGUUAAGUCCAGAUUGAAGUUUUAAGCCAAAAUAUCAUUUAUUUUAUUAUUACUAUUUUUUAAAGGCAGUCUCGUGCACCUCAGGCUGCUCUCAGACGGUCUCUGCAUCCCUAGUGCUGAGACCGGUGUGCUUUACCACUCAGUUUGUGAGGUGCUGGGGACUAAAUGUCAGGCCUCAGGCAUGCUAGCCAAACCAAAUCAGCCCCCAAAUUCAUUUUUUAUACAAAAAGUGAGAUGCAUUUCUCUAACACAUCUGUAUAGAAUUCAGGAUUUGAGCCCUUUUUGUUGUUUGCUUGUUUGAGGCAGAGUUUCUCUGUGUAACAGACCCUGGCUGUCCUGUACUCGAUUUGUAGCCUAGGCUGGCCUUGAACUCACAGAGAUCUAUCUGCCCAUCUCCCAGUGCUAGGAUUAAAGGUGUGUGCCAUCCUCCCACCUGCACUUCCCACCUACCCCUGCAGUUUAUGCCAUAUUUAAAGCAUUGUCCUGUCAGUCUUGCGCCUGCCCUCUCAUUUCUUCUGCAAGUUUGGUCUGAGCAUCAGAUGACUGGGAGAUGCUGUAGGCCAUUUGUGUCCUCCAGCUGUCCUGUCCCUUAAACUGGAACUAAUUUUCAUAAUAUUUGGAUGUUCCCUGUUUGUUUGUUUUUUUUUUGUUUUUGUUUUUUUUGAGUUAUUUUAGACAGUUGAAAGGUAAAAAAGAACCCAUGGCCAGUUUGUGCCCGGGGGUCAAAACUUCGUGCAAAAAGGAAUUCGUUCUCUCCUACUCUAGGUCUGUCUUCACACCAUCAGUUUAGCAGUUGCCACAGAGAAGAAAAUUCAUUGUCAUAGGUGUGUUGCAAUCUGAAACUUGGGAAGUCUUUUUUUUUUUUUUUUUUUUUUUUUUUUUUUUAAGUUCAUGGAGGGUGGCGGGUUCCGGUCCAAUGUACGGCAUGUAAAAUGUCUUAAAUCAACUGAGGUCUGGGCCUGGCAUCCCUAGUUUUCCUUACCUUAAAUUAGUGGGUAAUUUAUAAAGAUACUUUUAGGACUAAGACCAUAGAGCCAGCCAAUGGUUCACCUCACCUUAGGGAUGGACCCAGUAGUACUUUCUUCAACCUAAUUCCAGGCAAAAGGAAUUGGUAUCAUCACUCUGCUGUUGGUUUCUAGCCUUGACCUGUGUUUAGGGGAUCACCAGCUCAAAUUUAUCUCCUAACACUCCCAUAUCCAGGUGAGCUAUGUUGAUGUCAGAAGCUAGCACUGUUCUAGGGCUCUGGUAAUUCAGGGCUUUCUCAGCUUGAAUAAGCCCAGGAAUUCAAAUGCAAGAGUUAGAAGGCUUUUUACCAUCAGUUGCCUCUCAUCAUCAUUACUUUCCCCCAUCCCCACUCAUACCAUGGCCAGAGUGUGCCCCAGCUCUGCUUCUCAUCCCACACGUCUCCUUCUACAUAUUAAGAUCUCCAUUCGACUCUUGUGGGUAGCCAUCCUUCACUCACUGUGGACAGAGUUUUGCAAGGUUGUGGAGUAGAAGCUGUCAGCUGAUACUUACUCACAUGAGAACCAUUAAGAGGGUGGUGCGGCCAAUGUCAGAGCAACCUUGCAGCUGAAGGUUUACCCAGAGCCACAUGAGCUGGGCUCGUGACUAGUGAAGGCAGGGCUGCUUGUAAACUCAGCUCGAGAUGCAGAUGGUGUGAGUCAGUGCAAGCUGCUGGACCUGUUGAGUGCACUUGAGUGCAGGCGGAGAAAAAGCAGGGAGAGAUUUGUACUUGUCUACUUUAUUAUGGGUUUACUGAGAGCACAUCCGCUUCUAGAAGUCAUCCUGGGCUUCAUUUGCAUGAUGAAUGAACAUCCCUUUUUUUAAGCUCCCAAAAGAGGAAGUUAGUAGUAGCUGGGCUCACGUGCUGUGCUUGGAGGGAAAUGGUCUUUAGUCUGGAGCUGCUGCUCGUCACCGUGGCAUAUCCUUCAGAUAAUGAAGGAACUUUACAGAGUGGGCUAGUCCACACUGCUGGUCAGGAUCAACUGAAGAGCAUCUAUGCCCUCAGGAGAUGUGUGGUGGUACAGCAGACAGCACAAACUGGCCAGUAGGCCAACAGGAGUCAGCCAGAUGUCUGACCGAUACCACUUGUGGUGCUGGGAGGAUUUUCAAGACACUUGUAUGUGCAAAGAUUCCAAAAUGUGCCAGAGGAGGACGCGACACAAAUUCCACAGUGCUCAACCACAGUUGGUCGUGUUCGGAGUUUGGCUUGAGUGACAUCCGCCUGCUAGUUUACCAGGACUGUGAGAGGAGAGGCAGACAAGUCAUGUUUGACUCCAGAGCCGUUCAGAAGAUGGAAGAGGCAGCAGCUCAGUACACGAGACCAGCAUCUGAUGUCAGCAUGCUUGGGGAGAUGAUGUUUGGCUCAGUUGCAAUGAGUUACAAAGGCUCCACCCUGAAGAUACACUACAUACGAUCUCCUCCACAACUGAUGAUUAGUAAAGUCUUUUCUGCUACAAUGGGUAGCUUCUGUGGAAGUACAAAUAAUCUGCAGGACAGCUUCGAAUACAUUAACCAAGAUCCUCAGGCUGGAAAACUGAACACAAAUCAGUACAAUUUGGGUCCUUUUCGUACUGGAAGUAACCUAGGUCUGCUGCAGGUGUGCAGCGGCAAACUGCUGCAGGGGUUGUCUGAAGGAGGACCUCUCCGGCUCACCCGGAGCGCUUCUUUCUUUGCAGCACACAGCACACCUGUUGAUAUGCCAAGCAGAGGGCAGAAUGAAGACAGGGACAGCGGCAUUGCUCGAUCAGCUUCACUGAGCAGCCUUUUGAUCACGCCCUUCCCGUCUCCAAGCUCUUCUACAUCCUCUUCCAGCAGUUACCAGCGCCGCUGGCUCCGAAGUCAGACAACGAGUUUGGAAAAUGGCAUCUUUCCAAGGAGGUCAACUGAUGAGACAUUUAGCUUGGCCGAAGAAACGUGUAGCUCUAAUCCAGCUAUGGUUAGAAGGAAGAAGAUCGCCAUCAGCAUCAUCUUUUCCCUGUGUGAGAGAGAGGCCGCCCAGCGGGAUUUCCAGGACUUCUUUUUCUCCCACUUCCCCCUGUUUGAAUCUCACAUGAACAGGCUGAAGGGUGCAAUCGAAAAGGCCAUGAUCUCCUGUAGGAAGAUCUCUGAAUCAAGUCUCCGAGUCCAGUUCUAUGUGAGCCGUCUGAUGGAAGCACUGGGAGAAUUCAGAGGGACUAUCUGGAACUUAUAUUCUGUUCCAAGGAUAGCUGAACCAGUUUGGCUUACCAUGAUGUCAAACACCUUGGAGAAAAACCAACUCUGCCAGCGCUUUCUCAAGGAAUUUAUACUUCUGAUUGAACAAGUCAACAAAAACCAGUUUUUUGCUGCCUUACUGACUGCGGUGUUAACCUACCACCUGGCCUGGGUACCAACUGUCAUGCCUGUUGACCACCCUCCCAUUAAAGCCUUCUCGGAGAAGCGUACCUCUCAGUCAGUGAACAUGCUGGCCAAAACACAUCCAUAUAAUCCUCUCUGGGCGCAGCUGGGUGACCUCUAUGGAGCUAUAGGCUCUCCGGUGAGACUGACUCGCACUGUGGUGAUUGGGAAGCAGAAGGAUUUGGUCCAGCGCAUUCUUUAUGUUCUGACCUACUUUCUCCGUUGCUCUGAACUGCAAGAGAAUCAGCUGAGCUGGAGUGGAAAUCCCAGUGAGGAUGACCAGGUUAUAAAUGGGAGCAAGAUAAUAACCGCCCUGGAAAAGGGAGAGGUGGAAGAGUCUGAGUAUGUGGUAGUUACCGUGAGCAGUGAGCCUGCCCUGGUACCACCAAUCCUACCACAGGGGACAGCUGAGAGGAGGAGCCCUGAGCCUACAGUAGUAGCUGAGAUCUCGGAAGGCGUUAAUACUAGCGAACUGGGUCACAAACCUGAAAAGAACAGAUGCAAGAGGCCAGAGCAGAAUUCCGAGGCCAGUAGUAUGGGCUUCCAAGAGGCAGAACCUGACAGUUCGUGGAUACCUCAAGGCAUAUUCUGUGAGGACAAACAGAAUGACCAAGAGGCAACCCAGGAUUGUUCUUCAAGUCCUCCCAGCUGUGAGGUGCCCAGGGUAAGAAGGAGGAUGGACCAACAAACCCUCCACUCGAAGCUGCAUGGGGAGACGCUAAAGAAGCGAGCAGAGCAGUCCGCAGCCUGGCCCUGCCCAGACAGGCAUUCCCAGGAGGAUCCUCCUGUCGAAAAGGUCACUUUCCACAUUGGGAGUUCCAUCUCCCCGGAGUCUGACUUUGAAAGCCGGACCAAAAGAAUGGAGGAGCGAUUAAAGGCCUGUGGACAUUUCCAUGGGGCUAGUGCCUCUGCCAGCUCUAGCAUGGACACUGGGCUGACUCAAGAGCAGCAGGGCUCUGGGUGCUCCUUCAAAGCUGACUUUGAAAAGGACAUCACGCCUCAGGACCACUCUUCAGGGGGGGAAGGUGUCUCUGAGGACAGAGGCCUCCGGGCCAACAUGACACAUGCUGUGGGACAACUUAGCCAAGUUGAUGGCCCCCUUGCACAUUCCCUUUGUGCCGCAGAAAGUGGGCGGAGACUGCUGGAACAGACUAGAGAUGUGCAAUUAAAAGGCUACAAAGGACCUUCAUCGGAGCCUGUUCCAAACAGAUGUAGACAGCAGGGUGGCCUGCUGAUUGCUGCAGAUGUCCCCUAUGGGGAUGCCAGUGGUAAGGGCAACUACAGGAGCGAAGGAGACAUUCCCAGGAACGAGAGCUUGGAUAGUGCUCUUGGAGACAGUGAUGAUGAAGCGUGUGUCUUAGCCCUGCUAGAACUAGGUCACAGUUGUGACAGGACUGAAGAGUCCUUGGAAGUGGAGCUGCCUCUGCCAAGGUCUCAGAGCACCAGCAAGGCAAAUGUUAGAAAUUUUGGCCGCUCACUUCUGGCAGGUUACUGUGCCACGUACAUGCCUGAUCUGGUGCUGCAUGGAACCAGCAGCGAUGAGAAGCUGAAGCAGUGCCUGGCAGCUGAUCUGGUCCACACGGUGCACCAUCCAGUACUCGAUGAGCCCAUAGCCGAAGCUGUCUGUAUCAUUGCAGACACUGACAAGUGGACUGUCCAGGUGGCCACGAGUCAGCGGAAGGUGACGGACACCAUGAAGCUGGGCCAGGAUGUCUUGGUCUCCAGUCAGGUGUCCAGUUUACUUCAGUCCAUCUUACAGCUCUAUAAGCUUCACCUCCCUGCUGAUUUUUGUAUCAUGCAUCUGGAAGACAGACUGCAGGAGAUGUACCUGAAGAGUAAAAUGCUUUCAGAGUAUCUCCGGGGACACACGCGUGUGCACGUGAAAGAGCUGAGUGUGGUGCUGGGGAUCGAAUCCAAUGACCUGCCUCUGCUGACGGCCAUCGCCAGCACUCACUCUCCGUACGUGGCACAGAUCCUCUUAUAGCCGACUACAGGACAGCUCUCAUUGGAAAAUGAGACAGGAUGGAGGGUGCUCUCAGUGACGGCAGAGGCGUGAGAACACGGAGCAGGCACCCCUCGUUGUUCCUGUGGCUGCUGCCUAGUGGCUCUUACAUUGGGAAGCUUGUGUCUACUCCAUGCAGUGGGAGUUUGUGAUUGUUCAGGAACAGUCGACAUUGUCUCCCAGGAAUCAAAAGAAAGUAACCUUUCUGGCAGGAGGGAAGUGUAAGCAACACUGUCAAACUAGACAGACGUGCCCAUGCUGUUGGGUAGAAUACUGAGGGCUGACUCUGAGUAGUGGGUAACCAAUGUCUAGAACAUUCCAGAAGGAAAGUGUUUCCUGUUCAAGCGUGAGAGAGCAUGAAGAGUUGCUCUAAGAACGGGUUGUGGCUUCUAGGUCAGAGCUCUUCUACGAACAUUGACCUGAAGAAAGCCAUGUUGUGCCACUGUCAGCCUGGAGCUCCAGCAGCUACUGUUGGACAUAGGAUGUGGAAGAGGGUUGCCUAUUGAGAAGAGAGUGCUCCAGAAACCCACGGUUGUCACUUCUCAGAGCUUCCUGUAGACUCAGCACAGCCACCUGCAGGUCUGCGAGGGACUCAGUGUAGCACCCUGUCCUGCCGGGUAUUUUGGAGGACGUAGUCUGGCACUGGGAACUCAUCUCUGGCUUUAGUAUCUUUAGCCUUCUCCAGAAAGACCUUUUACCAAAGUUGUUUCCAUGAGCUCAGGCGAUCUUCUGUGGCUGAGCUCGCCCAGCGCAAGCCUCUUUCUUCCUAGCCGGCUGUGCAGAUGUCUGUUUGUGCUGUAUGGGGCCGCUGCCAGCUGGGGAGUGGACUUGCUCUGAUAAGGAUAGCAGGCAGCCCGAACAUUUAUGUGAUCCACAAGCGAUCUAGGUUUUUAUAUGAUCAGUUCUGCACUUUUUAAUCCCUCUCAUAUUCUUUAAAAAAAAAUCUUUCUAGAAAUUAACUUGACCAUUUGUAAAACUUACCAAAGUGACGAACUGUAAAAACCCAACUGAUCAUUGAACCUACAGAACCUUAGUUUACUGACCAUAAGACAGUCCAUGUUCAAAUACUUUAAAAACAAAACUUCUGCUGUUUAAAAGACAGGAGCCAGUCAAGUAAAGUCAAACCCUGUGGGCUCCUCAGUCCUUCCCACCAGUCCCUGGUGCCUGAGAAUGUGGGACAGCAAAUCCUGAUCCAUGUGACAUGUCUGUCUCCUCAUUACAAAUACAAGUUAGUGGAGACCAUGUGCCCCUUACGCUACUGGGGACGAAUGCCUACAUCAUCUCUUAGAAGUGGGCCGGAGUGUGGACGCUCUGGACCCCCUCCCUCCCUUUCCUCUCUUCCUCCCCCUCUCGCCCUGAGCAUCUCUCAUUUUUUGUGAUAUGUAAAAAUAGGUGGUUCUUCCAGGCCCUUAAGAUCUUUAAUUUGCAUUUUUGUGUUUCACAAAGUUGAAGUGUCCUAUUCUUUUACAUCUCUUUCCACUUUCUAUCACCUGGCAUUUGUUUGCUGUUUUCCAUUUCCUGGCUCCAUGGUACCAUUGUUUGCCAGGGAGCCCCACAUGUGGCCCGCUGAGCUGUCAAUGCAGAUUUCCUAGACACCGGUGCCAGCUUAGAGCUCGCCCUUCUUUCUCCUGGCUUCUCUCGUUUACACAUGGACUCGGCCUCACCAGCUCCUGAGGAUUGGGAGAAAAUAGCUCAGUACAGAAUCAGUUUGGUCCUCGUGCAGAUGUAGUGACAUGUUGACAGCUAGACUCGGGGAAUUGAGCUGUCACCAGGUUAAUUCUCAGCUUCAUGAAGAAAGACUUAGCCCAGCACUUCAAAGCCUGAAAAAAAUUAAACCUGCCUCUUAAUCUAGUGUUCCAAAUUUCAGAAGAAAAGUGGGAAACCCUGGGCUCACGUGGGUUAUCUCAGCGCCCCACCAUCACUUGCAAGAAAGAUGCGCUGCUCUUCUCCUGGCUCCCCCGGUGCGGGCGAUGACGAUGACGUGUCCUUUGUCUUAAAUUCAUCCUCUUCUCAGAGGCGGGGAAAACAGUAAACAAAGCAUCUCAUGGACCUGUGCUGACGCGGAUGCUGUCAUUCUGUCAUAGCCGAAGAGUCCGAAAAGGUGUCCCACCUAGGCAUAACUCAAGGGGAAAAAUCUUUUUUUAAUGUUUAAAGAAAUCUACCUCAGUUGACAGGAUUCCACCUGCCCUAGGGUUUCUUCAGCUCUUCAGUCUUACCUGUUAGGUGUCACUGGGCAGCGCUCUGCUUGUCUGACCAAGCAGGCUGGCGAGGCACAGCCGAGCAGAAGUGUCUCAGUGUCCUGUAAUGACCUCUUCUAGCAUGUUGCAGUUUUAUAUUUGUUAAGUUGAUAAGUGAUAUGAAUGUAUAGGCAAUUGUGUAUGUUUUCAAAAAGGACAAUGAAAAUUUAAAAUGUAGCUUCCACACUUGUGCAUAAUUCCAAAGUAUCUUAUUUUAUCAGUGUUAAAUAGCUUUUGUACAGCUUCAGCCCAUUUUCCAGACGUGUGCUGUUUUAUACGGGAAGUAACUCAUGAUCUCACUCACGGAGCUGUGUUUACACAUCGCAAAUUUUUAACUUAAUGUGUUUUUCAGAAUUAACUUUUUUGGAGGGAGGAAAUUCCCCACUUGCUAAAUGAUACUAAACUGUUGUCUGGACUCUUAAGAAUCAGGUCUUUGGAUUUUAUAAACUAGUCUGUAGCUUUUUAGGUUCUUCAUUGGUUGGAUGUACAUAGAGAAUAUAAAACAACUCUCAGAUUCUUUUAAGCGUCUGAAGUUUUCCUUGGAUGCACACUCGGUCGGGUAUUAUGUUCACGCAGACUUUCAGCAUUAAAUUGAAAAGGUCCACCGCUUCUCUUAGUUAAUGUGAACCGUUUGUUUUUAUUGUGUUUGGUGGAGAAGAAUAAUACACUUCUUGCCUAAAUCCAGAAGCCCCCUUUGAAUGUUAAUUUUUUAAAAUGUUAGAAUUUGGUGAACAUCUGGAACAUGUAUUUGCAUUAUUUUUAAAUUUCAGUGUUUUAAAAAGCAGACCAUUCUGGGGUGUGUUUUUAUUGAUCUUUCAUUAAGAGAAAUUGAUAGGACUGGUUUUGGUUUUUGUUUUUGUUUUUUUUUUUUUUUUUGGUUUUCUGAGACAGGGUUUCUCUGUGUAGCCCUGGCUGUCCUGGAACUCACUUUGUAGACCAGGCUGGCCUCAAACUCAGAAAUCCCCCUGCCUCUGCCUCCCGAGUGCUGGGAUUAAAGGCGUGCGCCACCACACCUGGUGAUAGGACUGUUUUUUUAAGUGAGCUGUGUGGAUACAACUGAGUGUGUGGAAACUUUUUCCUAAAACAACAUUCAUGUAUUAUUUCGAUCCAUUUUUCUGUGACAUUUGGUGCAAUAAACUUUUUGAAUUUAUCUUGCUUA